AUGAAUCCGACCGCCGUCGCUAUCGAAGCCCCUCCCGUCAUCAUGGCGCCGGAGGUGUCCUUGCCCGUCAGGAAUGCAGCAAAAGAGACGGCCGAGGGCAUCCUCUACGGCUCUAUUGCCGGCAUCGUAGGAAAAUACAUCGAAUACCCCUUCGACACCGUCAAGGUCCGCCUUCAAAGCCAGCCCGACCGCCUGCCCCUCCGCUACAAGGGCCCGCUCGACUGCUUCCGCCAGUCGCUGCGGGCCGACGGUUUCCUCGGCAUGUACCGGGGCAUCAGCGCGCCGCUCGUCGGUGCCGCGGCCGAGACGUCGAGCCUGUUCAUCUUUGAGUCGCUCGGGCGCGAGGGGCUCUACGCCAGCGGCCUCGCGCGCCGCGACACCCCGCUGUCCCUCCCCGCACUCUACAGCACCGGCGCCUUUGCCGGCGCCCUCGCCUCGUUCGUCCUGACGCCGAUUGAGCUCGUCAAGUGCAAGAUUCAGGUGCCCGGCGGCGGCGCGUCGAAUGUCGGCCUGAAGCCGCUCGCCGUUGUCCGCAACAUUUUCCGCCACGAUGGCCUGCGCGGCUUCUGGCACGGCCAGAUGGGCACGCUGAUCCGCGAGUCGGGUGGUUCCGCGGCCUGGUUCGGCGCCAAGGAGACGGUCACGGCCAUGUUCUACACCCUGGCGACCAAGAAAGCGGCCUCGGCCGCGGAGCAGGAGCGCAUCCGCGCCACGCCGCUGCCGUUGUGGCAGCAGGCCGUUGCUGGCGCGUCGGCCGGUGUCUCGUACAACUUUCUCUUCUUUCCCGCCGAUACCAUCAAGUCGCGCAUGCAGACGUCACCGCUAGGAAUACCGGGCGAGAAACCGUCUUUUUGGGCCGAGGGGUCGGCCAUCUGGCGCCAGUCAGGCGUGCGCGGCCUAUAUCGUGGGUGCGGCAUCACUUGUCUGCGAUCCGCGCCCAGCUCCGCCUUCAUCUUCAUGGUCUUUGACGGACUCAAGAGAAAUUUCCCUUUGUAA